ACUCAGAGCCAGACAGAGACUCAGUGGGGACCUCCUGACAAGCCUCUUUCUGACCCUCGUAUCAUCUGCGUUUCAACAGAUCCACCUCUCCAUCUUUUCCCUGCUACACCGGGUUCUCUAUUGCCUUCAGAUAAAAACUGUCUAUGGCAUUCAUUCUCUUUAACAUCUGAUUUUUCUUUUUACAUUUUUUAAAAUUUUGUUUUGGUCGAAGCAGAAUAAAAUUAGCUUCAUCAUUACUGACUGUCGCUGUUGCAGUCUGGCGAACGGGGCGCAUGGACUGUGCCGGGGCGCACGCUUGUCAUUGAGAAACUAAACUUCUGCGACACCAAGUCAAAGCUGUUCAGGAGGUUUUGCACAUUUUUCUUAAAAGAAAAAGACUAAAAAGAAACGCAGGCAUUAUUUUGAGGAUGCUCGUCUCUACUUGGAAUAGAUGCUGCGCUGUGAUGUUUCUCGUCGCUUCUUUGAGGACAGGGACAUCACAGGUAUCAGAGGCGCGCCCAAAAGCAAACUCUAUUAAGCCUGGUCACUUGGAAGAGACGCCAAUACCGGCUACUAACCGCUCAGCAGUUAUCACCAAGAAGCACAACAUCCUUCCGCAGCUGGUGUAUCCAUGCAGUAAUGACAAGGAGUGUGGCAUGGGCAGUUACUGCCACAGCCCUCAGCAGGCUCCCUCUCGCUGUCUCUCCUGCCGCAAGAGGAAGAAGCGCUGCCAUCGCGAUGCCAUGUGCUGUCCUGGGAACCACUGCAGUAGCUAUACUUGUGUCCCUAUCUCUGGGAGUGAGCUCUCACCUCACAUUCCAGCUUUAGAAGAACACAACAAACUCUCCACCAAAGACCACAACUGGAGGAAGAAUGGGAAAGCAAAAGCCAGGCCUUCCCUUAAAGGACAUGAUGGUGACCGAUGCUUGCGCUCAUCUGAUUGCUCAGAAGGCUACUGCUGUGCCCGUCAUUUCUGGAACAAAAUCUGCAAACCGGUGCUCAGGCAGGGAGAGGUGUGCACCAAGCAGAGAAAGAAAGGCUCUCACGGCUUGGAAAUCUUUCAGCGCUGCGACUGCGCCAAAGGCCUCUCCUGCAAGGUGUGGAAAGACGCCACCUCCUCAUCCAAGUCCAGGCUCCACAUAUGCCAGAAGAUCUGAAACUGAGGCGCCUGCCGUCAGCAUCAAGGCCUCUGACUCCAUCUGCCAGAGAAAGUUUUUUAAAAGAAUUGGUUGUGACUACAUUGAAAAGGAGCAAAAGACAAAGACUAACAAGAGACAGAACUGACGUGUGGGUUUAAGCUCACUUUAUAGAGAGAAGAGAGCAAAUGGGAAUGCUUUAAUGUGUUUGCUGCUGGUACAUCACAGCACCCACACUCAAAUGUGCAUCCUCACACACACACAGACACACACACACACACACACACAUACACCUUAAAGUUUUGAGAGAUCAAUAAGUCUAAGCUGUGCUUGUUAAGUAACUAAAUAUAUAAAACACAUUCUUAUGAGGUUCAGGGAGCCACCAAGUUAGCAGUACAUGAUGUGAUGUGAUUAUUUACAAGGAGGCAACUCGAGGUACAACUUAUAACAUUCAUACAGAAAGACCAUGUGCAGUCAUAUAAUGUGCAUUCAUUAUCAAACGAAGUCAGUUAGUGUAAAAGAUUUGAUAUUUAAUAUUCUGUAUUUCAUUACUUGAUUUUUGUUUCGUCAAACUCCCAUUUUAUACUUUUCUUGUUGUUCAUGUACAGCCUCACAGAUUUCAGCUAUGCAAAACAUUUAACAUCUGUAACAGCAUCCACACCCUUUAAGUCAUUUGAAGAGCUGCUUGCAUACACUGUCAGUAACUUAUAUGCAACACUAAAUACUCAUAAUCCAAAGGAAACAAGAACCUUGCUCUGGAAGUGACAAGUUUCAUCUGGUGCACCAGCUCUUUGCUCUGUUUUUAGCCACAAGAAGAGUGAUUAGAAUCGUGUUUGUUGUGGAAACCUUAUCUGUCAGACACAAGCUGAGAUCUGUUGCGAUACAACUGUGUGGGUUUAAACCGUCUGCAGUGAGGAAAGCUCUGCUGCUGUGGCUCCGUGGUACUGAUCCCAGAUGGAGAAUGGUUCUGCUUUUCCAAUCACAUGAACAAUAUUCAAGGAUAUGAAGGAGCUGCAUUUUUUUUUUUCCAUUUGCAAAGCCAGUAGACAUGAAGAUGUGGGAAGAUUGAUUACAAAAAUGCUCCAGAAAAACCUGAUGCUUUCAAAGAGAAUUUGCAGUUUGAAACAAUGUUUUGUUGACGACACGUGGCCUCGUUUAUGUUUUAGUUUUCAAAUAUGGCUACAUACUUUUUAAACGAAAUAGUAGAGUUUAAUUUUGUUUUGGAUGUGAAUGCUUUUUUUUAUAGCCCGUAAAACAACCACUUAUUAUACCAUUGUAAUACCACAUUGCCUCUUGUUGCUUUAAGAUGUGUUUCAAAGCAUCAAUUCCAUUUAUUUUGUAACCAUCUGAAAUAUCAAUAAGCUCUUUUAUUGUAAAUAGACUGGAAGCAUUAUAUUUAAGAAUCAGUGUAUAUCAUGUACAUAUAAUGACAUCCUAAAUGGUACAGCUAAAUGAUCUAGAUGAGAAAGUAUUGUUGGAUCAAACAAGCACUGUUUGAUUAAUUGAAAAUGAUGAGGGUCAUGUGUAUGAAUAAGGGGGAAGCAUAGAUAGCUUUGGCAGAUUUUUAUGGACAGAUGCAUUGAGAAGAUAUAUGAGAAAACAUUACUUUCCAAAAUAUUCUGUGUAAAUGGUGUGUAAAUGGUGUGAAGAUGUUUGUCUCACUUAAUGUUUUUGUGAAUACUUUUCUUGAUUUUUUUUUAUUUGUAUUUACAAAGUUGGAUGAAUAAAAAGAAUGUAUUUUGUAUUAGUGGCCACA